CAUUCACACCAUACAUAAAACCCUCCUCCGUUAGAAUAUGAUUUCUUGAUGGUUUUGCCCCCUUUUCCCUACCGGCCGGCCACCACUCUCUCAUCCUACCUUUCUCUUCUACAUUCAUUCACCGCCAUCACCACCAUCAGCUAACCCUGUAAACCACCUGACUGUUUUUCAAUUUAACCUUCUGCCUACAUCCCCAAAGUUCUCACCUCUCUCUCAUCCUCUUCUUCUAUCUAUAGGCACAUAUGUAUAUCUAUCUUGCUAAGAAGAAUAUCACCUUUCUCGACUGUUUCCCGAACCUGCAUCAACCACCGCCAUCAUCUGCCGUCUUCAACCACCACAAAAGAGGCGCCCUUUAGCCUUAUCAGAUACUUUUGGCAUAGUUCUCAAGGGUUUCCAUAGUCUCGAACUUUUUGUAUAUUGGUUGAGAUUUUUUCGUGUAUUACAGUCAGAUCUUCAAGAAAUUAGCUAGUACCUUGGUUAUUUCUUAGUUUCACGGGAUACCCGCUUUGUAUUUCUCAAGUUUUGGGGUUUCAAUCAAGACUUUGGGUAUGUAUUUGUUGAGGAUUUGGUGCUAUUUCCUUCCAAAAUUGUUGGGUUUCUUGGCAGCUGAAUAGGGUUCCUUUGACUUACGGAACCCUUUGCCAAUAUUUCUCAUAUACACCUCUAGUCAUUUGUUUCUGGCAACUAGGGUUUGUAAGAACUGUAGGAUAGUGUCUUCUUGUUAAAAAUUUAUGGUGGGUAGGGUCUAGGUUAAAUUGUUACUUUUGUAAAUUAGGGUUCUGACAUGCGUUAUUAGUGAAUUCAGCAUAUACUGAUUCUUGUUCCAAACAUGGCUGCAAAUAGUCAAUGCUUUGUGGAGUGGAAAGAGCUAUUCGUUUCAAAGGAAAGGGGUAAGAGGGUAGUGCACUAUUUUCUGAAAGAUAUAUCAGGGGAAUCGGUGCUUGCAGUUGUGGGAACCGAGAGGAGCAUUAGGCAUAUGUUUUAUGUGGUCGCGGAGGAGUUCUUAAAGGUCAACGAGGCCCAGAAUUCAGUCAAUGCUGGGUAUAGAUGGAGAUCAAGGAGAGAGGUGGUGAACUGGCUUACUUCUAUGCUAUCAAAGCAGCACCGCCAAGGUGAACAUUCCAAAUCAUCCCCUAAAAGUGAUCAUAUUUCGGGAGUUAGUGCUCCGUAUCAGAAUCGUGUUCCAAGAAAUAUAAAGUUGCGUACACCUGACAUAGUGUGGUCGGGUGUAGCGUGGACCUGCGGUAAACAGCUGAAGCAUUUUCCAGCCUUUUGCAGGAACGGGAUUACAAUAGCUGUACAAUCGUUUGUAUUUGUGAUGGCCGAAGAGGAAAAACGUCAUCUUGCAUAUCUAGAAGAUAUGUAUGAAGAUCGAAAGGGCCAAAAGAAGGUAAAAGUGAGAUGGUUUCACCACAAUCAAGAAGUCCAAGCUGUUGUCACCCUUCGAAAUUCUCACCCAAAAGAGGUUUUCAUUACGCCUUAUGCACAAGUUAUCAGUGUCGAGUGUGUGGAUGGGCCCGCCAUUGUCAUGACACAUGAGCAUUAUGAGAAAUGCAUGUCCAUCCUUCCGGAAGAUCUAUUAACUCGAGUGCAUCAUUGCUCGAGACAGUUCAAGAACAACCGUGUGAAGCCGUUUAAAUUGAGUAAAUUGUGUGGGUAUUUUGAUCAGCCGAUUUUUUCGAUUCUGGAUACUGAUUAUCUUGAAGAUGAAGAGAAUAAUAAUAAUAAUAAUAGCUUUGGGGAUAAAGAUAAUGUUAAGUUGGGAGUGAAAAGACCAAGGAGUUUGAGAGGGCGGCAGGUGAUGCAGAGUGAACCUCACUCGGUGAGUAUGAAUGUCAAGUAUGAGAUGUUGAGAAGGAGGCUAAUCCCAAAGUAUGUCAAGAAUCGGGAAUUCGCUUCAGAUAAUUUGGUUUUUAAGGUUGAUGAAAAGAUAGAGUUGUUGUGCCAAGAUAGUGGGAUUCGUGGAUGCUGGUUUAGGUGUACCGUGUUGCAAGUUUCUAGGAGACAAUUGAAAGUUCAAUAUGAUGAUUUGAAUGAUGAAGAUGGAGGUGGUAAUCUUGAGGAAUGGGUUUCAGCUUUGAGAUCGGCCAUGCCCGACAAACUCGGAAUGAGAUGCUCGGGUCGGCCAACUAUAAGGCCAGCGGUAGCACGUACGGAAACGGAAACGGAAACGGAAACGAUUGCUUUUGAGGUCGGUUCCCCGGUGGACGCAUGGUGGAGUGAUGGCUGGUGGGAAGGAGUAGUAGUUGGAAUUGGUGAUUCCGACGUACAAGUUUAUGUUCCCACCGAAACAUUGUUUCUUGAACUACACAGAAAAGACGUUAGAGUUUCAAGAGAUUGGGUGGGAGACCGUUGGGUUGAUCUUGAAACAAACCCUAACAUCCUCUCAUCCAUGCCUGCAAAUCUAAAGGAAAUCAAACAAGAAAGCUCCCCUGAAGCCAUUGAAACCAUCAACGACAACGACAACGACAACAGACCACUUGAAGAGGGUGACACUGAUUGUAAGCCCGAGUUACAUGAGAAAGACAAGGACCCAAGUCCAGUCCAUGAUGACAACAACAAUGUAGAAAUUGGUGAAAAAGGCAAGCAUACCAGUGAUAAUGGAGAAGCUGUAGCAAUGGAGUGUGAAACUUUAAAGGAGAAUCUUGAAGCAAAUCCAGUUGGCAUGAGUUACUGAAAAAACAAAACCAAAGUUUGUGUAUAGGAGGGGGAGGGGAGGGGAGGGGAGGGACCAAGUGAGGUUAGAGUUUGUACCUUUUUACUGAUUGUUUUAGGGAACACCUAACCAGGGGCACCCACCCUAUCCCUAUGCUGGGUGCCUCCAAUUUGUAACCACCUUUUUAGUGAAAAGGAAGACCUUUUUUUUCCAAAGCUUGGAGAUGACUUGUACAUUGUACAUUGGAAGAUGUACACUGGUUGAAUUUGGCUCUGGAAAAAGGGUCUGGCCUUUUGGUACGUUUCUGUAUCAGUUGAUGUUGUGGUACUGAUUGUAACACUGGAACUCUUGACUAGGUUAUGAUUGUCGUUUACUGUGUUAUUAUAGUCAUUAAAAUCGUU